ACCAAACUUUAUAUUGAGAAAAAAGAAAAAGAAAAAAGAAAUCUUUAAAAAUAUGAAGCGGAAUCUGCCAACAGCGAGACAAUUUGGGCAAUCUUCUCUAACUUCUUGUUUCAUCUCCUCGAAAUCAAGAUCCCCCAGCGAAGCGACUGAAUCAAAAGCGCCCAAGAAAUCGAUCUCGCUCUCCGACUUCUUGAAUCGAAAGAUCGUAAAAACCAAUGCCAAAUCUAUCAAGAAAAAGCAGAGCUCGUUCUUAUCAAUUGGGUCUGAUAAGAACGAGUCGGGGAGUGGAAGAGACGGCGGUGGAAAAAGCAGAGCUCGUUCUUAUCAAUUGGGUCUGAUAAGAACGAGUCGGGGAGUGGAAGAGACGGCGGUCAAGAGAUUCAACGAGCCGUUGAUGAAAGAAGGGGGUGAGGUGGGAGAAUUGCAAUCUGAUGUGGACGCGAAGGACUCGGCGAGGAGAAAGAGCGCGGUCGGAGUUUCUUCAGGCGAGGAUGAGAAACCUCAAGAGAAGAAGUAUUUGGUUGUCCUGGGAGACGAUCCGAAGCCGAAGCCAAAACCAAGGACGAGAGCGAAAAGGCUUCCUCAUGAAAGACCCAAACCCUUCUAUAACCACUGUAAGCUCCUCCUCUCUGUCGAAUUUGUCGUUGGCGCAGCCCAAAAAAAUCGUCGAAACGUGUCUGCUGUUGUUGUCCGUUCUGCUCGUCUCUCGUCUUUGUUAUUUGCCGACGAUGAGGGUUUCACGAUUUCAGAUGAAAACGGACGUGGAUGGUGGGACGAGGAUCGGGAAGGCGUCGACAGCGAAGAAGUGGGGUGCAACGAUGUGUGGGAAGGGAUGGGAUCGACAACGCUGGGAGGUUUAGAAUGGCAUUAAAAGCGGAGAUCCCGGUUCAUGAUAUUAAAUGUUUUGGUAGUUUUAGAGUUAUUCGAGCUACUCAUCAACCCUAGAGUAAUUGGGCGUUCGGUGUCUCAUGAAUAUUCUUCACCAAGCUCUUUUGGUAGUAUGUUUUGGUAGUUUUGGAGUUAGACCUGCAAUCUGUCAAAAAACUAAAAGAGAUGAAAUGUUAUUAUUGCUCUGAUGUAAAGUAUUCAGGGGACUUAAUUCA